GAGAUGCUCUAAACUACAGUGGGAUCAGGCUUUGACUGAAUGGGAGCAUGGUGAUAAUCCUCCCCUGUCCUCUCAACUGUAAACACAGUUUGCUUUUUCCAUUGGUGCUACAGUAUCUCCGUUUUCCAGCAGCAUGGCCCAGUGAUGGGAGACAGCAACAAAUGCUGAAGCAGUAUGAAGCUGUACGAGAACAGGUUGUCUGGAAGACUAGAGAGGAUCAAGAAGGACACAGAGAGAAAAUGAAGCAUUGUCCACUUUGGACAUGCUGUGCACAAGGAUUGUCCGAUGCUGGGCUGUCAGGCCCUCUUGUUUGCUGCGGCUAAGGGUUCCCUAUGUUCCCUCUCUGAUGUGGGGUCGGAUACAAAGAAUACUCCUAGCCUGUCGGCAUGGUGAUGGCUACUCAGCUCAAGGAAGCCACGCACAUGAGAAUGAAAGGGAUCUGUCCUUUCAGCCCAUGGGAUCAGAGCGGAUGGAGAUGCGCAAGAGGCAGAUGUCGGUGCAGCAGGAGCCGGUGGCGGGAGGCACAGCUCCGACCCAGCCGGAGCAGCCUGACCAGGGCGCCCGGGGCUCCAACGCCUGCUGCUUCUGCUGGUGCUGCUGCUGUAGCUGCUCCUGUCUCACUGUUAGGAAUGAAGACAGAGAGGAGAGGAACCGCCGAGACUCCUACCACACGAAAACAGAGGAGACGGAAGACUGUGAGGAGAGCCUGAAGCCCACGAUGGAGGAGGUCCGCGCUUGGGGCCAGUCCUUUGACAAGCUGAUGCACUGCCCCAGCGGAAGGAACGCAUUUCGGCAAUUUCUGCGGACAGAGUUCAGCGAAGAGAACAUGCUGUUUUGGCUUGCCUGCGAGGAGUUCUGCAAAGAGGCCAAUAAGGGCAAUGUGGAGGAGAAGGCCCGGCUUAUCUACGAGGAUUACAUCUCCAUUCUCUCACCCAAAGAGGUGAGCCUUGACUCGCGUGUUCGAGAUGUGAUAAAUCGCAACAUGCUGGAGCCCAACUUACACACCUUUGAUGAUGCUCAGCUACAGAUCUACACGCUAAUGCAAAGAGACUCAUAUCCUCGCUUCUUGAACUCCGCCCUCUACAAAGACCUGGUCCAGACCCUGUCAGAGCAAUCUCCAGAAUCCUAGGCCUUUGGGACCCUACUCCUCAUUUUGCCCCUCCCCCUCUUUUGUUCUGUUCUUCUUGUUGUUGGUGACAUUCCUUAGAGAACCCGUAGGGGUACAUUUCAGAAGGCCAUCAGCAGGUUCCUACCAGGGAUUUCAUGCUAAUGUGGUCUGCACCUGCAAGGAAAAAACACACUCAGGGCUCAGAGUCUCUGGAUUAAAAAAAGGUCUGAAGCAUCCUGAGGGCUUGACACAACAUGUACUGCUACAGAUCAUCUUGGGUGGACAUGGGGAUGCUAUUUAUUGAUGUAUUGAUUGAUUUAUUUUAGUGUGUUUGUGUGUGUGUGUGAGAGAGAGAAAGGGGGGUGGGGGGGGAAUCCUUUUUUUUGUAUUAAACAAUCAAAUAUUUUCUUUGCAUAAUUGUUUAGAGGGAAAUGCCAUGUUCAGGCCAUUUAUAGUUAUUUGACUUUUUAAUAUGUGAAGACUUGAUAGACUUUCUUCUUGUUCUACUGUAAUAUAAAAGGUGAAGGAACUGUGGGCACGUAGCAGUGCCAAGCUGUGUGUAGUGUGAAUGGGAAUCAAAGCUCUGUUCAAGAGAACAGUCUAUCCACAGGCAGCUCAUUAGGGGUGCUGUAACAGUAAACUACCUAGAACUCUCCUCUCUCUGCCUAUUUAACCAUUUGCUGUCUGAUGGAAGUGUUGAAAUGGCCAUAUUAAGGAUCCCUGAGGUCCACCCUGGGACUGAAGGAAAUGGUAGUACAUAUCUACAGUGUUUUGAGGGAGCUCAAUGAAUCAAUUCGUUUAAAUGGGAGCAAGCAGGAGACAGUGGACGUGUGCAGAAAACCGCACGUCCAUUUUCAUGGGCUCUGGUGCAUCAAAACUGAGCCCACGUCAUGUCCGUGCUUCCUGUAUACCACAAAGAGAACAGACAAUGUUCAUUAAUUGUCCUGAGUUAGAUUUUGUUUUCUAAUGGUGGAAAAUGGCACAUAUGUUUCUGUUUCCUAUACUGUCAAUGUUUAAGUUGUCGACAUGAUCAAUAUCAGUAUUUGUUUUAUCAUAUUGAUUGGAUGAUCUCUGUAGUGAACUUUGUUUGAGUGCUAUUGUUUUGUUGGAGAGGGGAAAAACUGUUAUGUGACCAGGUGUCAAAAGCUGGGAGAACAGUGUUCUUAGAGAUACUCUCCUACUUUUAGGACAAAGAGCCUUCGUUGAGUUCUGAGACCAAACUAGCACUGGCUAUUAUUACUAUUGAUAUCAUGUACCUUCUAUUCAUGCCACUGUUAAGUAUUGGAGUUAUUGUGUUCUUUUUUUUUUCAGUACGUUAGUGGUAGAUUCAUUACGUUGUUGCCUGGCGUACAAGUCACUCAAAGACAAGAUCCUCAUCAGAGGAAGUGCCUUGGUAUUAAACAUUUCUGACAUCACUAUUCAUGGCAAUAGUGUCACACUUUUGGCAUGUGCAGGAUCUGACUAAAAAUUGGAAGCACCGAUUUUUAGGGUGUUAGGCCUCACAUUCAGACGCUUCUAAAGGAAGGUGAAAGAUAAUUCAUCGGGUGAUUGCAUAUAUCCCGCUGCUUGUUGGUUCAUCAUGACAAUAGAUGAACAAGCAAAGCUGCAUGUGUAAUGAAUAGCUAGACACAACAGUGUGUCUAUAUAGGGUGUUUACAGGAGGUCUUCAUGGCUUUCUUUACCUUCCCACUCAGACUCUUGUACUGACAUGGAAGAGCCAAGUAUUUCAUUGAUAAAGUAAAAACCUAGCGUAAAGUAGAUGCAUCAGUGAAGUUGGUGUCAAAGCAGCCCUCUUUCAAAGUUAACAUUAUGAGUAACCCUGGCGUUUAUCAUUCACUCCUAAUGUCCUUAAUCUCAGGGCCCGCACCACCAAAUUCAUGCCUCUGGCUUGUUUACGCUGAACCAAAGUGCUUCCAUUUCUUAGACAGAUCCUGUAGAUGGACUCUAGGCCUUCAAUCAAUGUACUAAGUGAUUUGUCCUGCAUUAUUGACUGAAAUGGAGUUGUUGAUAUGUCCAUUUCUUUAUUUUAUUAAAUAUUUAUUUGUUUUUAACUUAGUACAUUUGUACAUCAACAGGUUAUAAGCUAAGAGGUAUUUUAAUAGAUUAUUGUAUUUAUGUGAUAUCAGAGCUCAGGACAAUUCAUGAAGCAGGUUGAUUGAAACCAGUUGUCUGUCAGCAAAGAUGAACUUCAUGGUGGUACUUCUUGUCUAAGGGGAAAUUUACUUCAUGUGCAAUUUGAGCUGAUGGAUUCACCAUGCAGAUCAACCUCAGUCUAAGCCAAUGGUUUGGAGUGAUACUGCCUAUAACUUUUGUUCAUUUUUUUUGUUCACUGUAAAAAAUGUGUUCUUUACUUGAGUUUACAAUAUGGUGAAUAACAUGAAUGUUUACAGUAAAUAUUUAUGUUUUCCCUUUAUUUUCAGUUUUAUCAAAUCAGUAUAAACAAUGAUAUGUGGGCAUUUUGGAUUCUUAAAGGUUAAAAAAAUAAAGCACAAUUAUUUUAAAGUUGUUU